CAGUCGGUAGAAUUAGAAUUAGAAAACGUGGCGUGGCACAAGGCGUGAGGGGGAGAGUUUAUUGCUGGUUUCGUGUUAUCAUUCAAUGCACGGAUAACAAUGCAAAGUGAUGAACCAUUCAGGCAGAACAGAACUCGAGUUGACUUGUUUUCUUUCCCGACUUUUAAUUUUCAAAAGGAAUUUGUUUCAUUUUGUGAUAAUAUGGUGAGGCUGCCAUCGUUGAAACGUGAACAUUUUCGAGAUUGUUAACUGGAAAAAAACCUGCUGCCCCAUGUGUAGUGUUUUGUUUGUUGUGAGUGUGUGUAUUUUUUCGUCGUCGUGAUGGAUCUCCCGGAAUCGCUGGAAUAGAAAAAGACGCCGUAGGAUAUUACAAGGAAAAGGUUUUUUUUUUCCUUUUCCCUCCUCAAUGGAGAGAACUGCUGGACACACGUCAACAGCGGCGGCGAUCGUGAGCAACGGGAAAAGCUCGGACUCUUCUCCUUUUUUAUUGGGGAUUUCCGUGGGAGAUUGUACGACGACUCGUGCCACACCAAGCGACACCGAAAAACACUUUGAAAAAAAAGAAAGAAACGAAAAGUAUCUUGGCCUCUGGUACGAAAUUGAAAGUUAUCCGGCCGUCUUCAGCUCGUUCGCCAGUUGUGUGACGGCCAACUAUUCCUUGCUGGCCGAUGGCAACGUCCGAGUGAUCAACCGUAGUUUCAACACCAGCUCGAAGAGUUUCAACAUGGUCGACGGCACUGCCCGGCUGAUCGAACCGCCAAAAGGACAGGCCAAACUAGGCGUCGUUUUCCCAUCGAAUUCUUUCAGCCGACCUGUUCCAGCCGACGGCAACUAUUGGGUCCUAGAUACCGACUACACCAACUACUCGAUCGUCUGGAGUUGCCAAACUUUCAACGGCAAAAGCAUUCAAUUUCUCUGGUAUUUAAGUCGCCAGAGGCAACCGUCGGAAUCCGGAUUGACUUUCGUCCACCAUCGCAUCGAUUCGUUUGGUUUGGAUCAAAAGUUUCUCAAGACCACGGAGCAACGCAACUGCCCGGACGCUCCUACUAGUGAGACAAGCCGGCCAAUUCGUCAGCAGCCACCAACUCGUACAAGUUACUACUACCGAGAAAAUUAAAUAAAUAUCUCGUUGGGCUCUACUACGCAGUGCAGUAGAGUUUGCUUGUUGAUUUGUCCACUAGAGUCCUUUCGUUACUUUACCCCCCGUACCGCACCGGCUGCAUCUUUAAACCGAAAGUUUCAAUGUCCCAUGUUUUCCAGCACAUGCCGAUGAGUGACAGGUUGGCGGAUGGGAUUAUCGAUUUUAAGGGUGGUGCCUCCUUCUUUCACUCUUGAAUGUGUAUAUGCAUAGACCCCCUCCUUGUGUCGGGGUAUAUAUCGGCGGUUUGGAUCACGCUCUGCCAGUCCAUUAGUUGACACAGGGCACUCUCCUUUUUAUUUUUAUUUUAUUUUUCUCUCUUUUCUCUUCGGCCUCUAUUGUAUUUUUCUCUCCCCCACCGCCAAACUUUAAGUGAUGGAUGACUCUUUAUUUUAGCCACACACACCAAAGUAUUUUGUAUUCAACCACAUCUGAAAAAGGGGCUACAUAAUAAAUAUCUCGAUCGAGUAACAUAACAAAAGA